CAAACCCGUUCGCAAGUAAGGUCGGUGAGUCACUAGUCGGUAUGAAGGGACAACCCCCGAGUUCCGAUCACUCCAAAAUCCGAUCCGUUCAGAGUGCCGGGAACCAUCGUGGCUUCGCUUUCCGGUGACGCUUUCCUCCCAUGGCGAGGCGCGAGAUCGACGCCAUUCCUCUCUCUAGAUUCGGCGUUCUCGUCGCCCAGCUCGAGUCCAUCGUCGCCUCUGCCCCUCAGCAACCCCCUGAUGCACUUCUCUGCUUCGAUCUCCUAUCCGAGCUAAUCGCCGCCAUAGAAGACGAGCCUAAGGAAUCUAUACAACAGUGGCAAAGGAAGUGUGAGGAUGCUCUUUUCUCUUUACUUAUUUUUGGGGCUCGUCGCCCUGUCCGGCGAUUGGCGUCGUCUGCAAUGGGGAGAGUUAUUGCUAGAGGGGAUGGUAUUUCCAUAUACUCGAGAGCUAGCAGUCUUCAAGGAUGGCUUGCUGAUGGCAAAAGAAGUGAACCCCUCUCAUGUGCAGGUGCUGCAAAGUGCUUGGGCAAAUUGUAUCACUUAUUUGGGCGCAGGAUAACUUCUGGUUUGAUAGAAACAACUAGCAUUGCAGCAAAACUAAUGAAGUUUCAUGAGGAUUUUGUAAGACAAGAUGCAAUGCAAAUGCUUGAAAAUGCACUGGAAGGUUCUGGAGGCAGUGGUGCUUCUACAGCUUAUUCAGAAGCUUUCCGUAUCAUCAUGCGAGUAGGUGUAAAUGAUAAAGCACUCAAUGUUAGACUAGCCGCAGCAAGAUGCUUAAAAACAUUUGCUAGCAUAGGUGGACCUGGAUUAGGAAUCACAGAACUUGAAAAUUCUAUUAUACAUUGUGUCAAGGCUCUUGAAGAUCCUGUUCAGCCUGUUAGGGAUGCCUUUGCUGAAGCCUUGGGUGCCCUGCUUGCUCUUGCAAUGAAUCCUGAGGCACAGAUAAAACAGAGAGGAAAAAACCAUCCUGCUCCCGCAAAGAAAUUGGAUGAUGGUUUGCAGAAACAUUUAAUAUCACCAUUCAUCAGAGCAAGUGGAGUUCGUGCAAAGGAACAGCGAAUUGGAUUGGCAUUAUCAUGGGUAUUCUUUUUACAGGUCAUUCGUGUCAAGUAUCAUCUCCCAGAUAGUGAGCUUCAGAACUUCGCUUUGCUUUCCAUGGACAUGCUUCAAGGAGAUGCUUCAUUGGAUGCACAAGCAUUGGCAUGCGUUUUAUAUAUUCUUCGGGUUGGUGUAACCGACCAGAUGACCGAGCCUACACAACGGAGUUUUUUAGUUUUUCUGGGAAGAAAGUUAGAAUCUGCUGAUUGUAGUCCAGCAAUGAGAGUUGCUACAUUGCGUAUUCUUUCCUAUCUUUUGACUACUUUGGGAGAGGUUCCAGUUGAAUUCAAGGAUGUUCUUGAUAACACAGUUGUUGCAGCACUGUCUCAUUCUUCAUUACAUGUCCGUAUAGAAGCUGCUUUGACAUUGCGUGCGUUGGCAGAAGUUGAUCCUACUUGCGUUGGUGGUUUAAUCUCAUAUGGUGUGACAACAUUACAUGCUUUGAGAGAAAGUGCACGGUUUGAAAAGGGAAUGCAUUUGAACCCUGAGUUAGAUUCAUUGCAUGGGCAAGCUGCAAUUGUAGCAGCCCUUGUUUCCAUCUCGCCAAAGCUACUUCUUGGUUAUCCUGCAAGGCUACCUAAGUCAGUCUUUGACGUUUCAAAGAAAAUGCUGACCGAGUAUAGUCGGAAUCCUCUUGCAGCUACUGUGGAAAAAGAAGCUGGUUGGUUACUUUUAGCUUCACUCAUAGCAUCUAUGCCAAAAGAGGAGCUUGAAGACCAGGUUUUUGAUAUUCUUUUACUUUGGGCUGGUCCUUUUGUGGGAAAUCCUGAAUCCUAUAUUGGGCGAAUACAAGAUUUUACAUCUGAGCUGCGAAAUAUGGGAAGGGUACUUUUGGUUGUGAGGAAAGACAUGGAAGAGCUUGGAAUAACAUUAGAGGUGAUCCUAAACAGAAUUUGUGCUGUUCCUGGUUUAUGUCCCAAAAUGACUGUUUGUUUUGUUAAUCAGACUCGGUCUCUUCUUGGAGAGCUAGUUGCAGCAGCAGAUCCAAACUAUAUUGGAUCUAUUGCACUUUCAUUGGGUUGCAUUCAUCGCAGUGCAGGAGGAAUGGCAUUGUCUACUUUAGUGCCUUCAACUGUGAGCUCACUUUCUUCGUUAGCUAAGAGUCCGAAUGCUAGUCUACAAUUGUGGGCUCUGCACGCUCUUCUGUUGACCAUUGAAGCUGCUGGUUUAUCAUAUGUCUCCCAAGUUCAGGCAACACUCUUCCUUGCUAUGGACAUUCUUUUGUCAGAAGAGAAUGGAUUGGUUGAUCUUAGACAGGAGAUAGGGCGCCUUAUCAAUGCUAUAGUUGCUGUUCUUGGUCCAGAGCUAGCUCCUGGGAGUACUUUUUUUUCUCGUUGCAAGUCAGUUAUUGCAGAAAUAAGCUCUUGCCAAGAGAUAUCAACCCUUCUUGAGUCUGUUAGGUUCACGCAACAACUUGUUCUUUUUGCUCCACAAGCUGUUUCUGUGCAUUCUCAUGUUCAAAGUCUUCUUCCAACCCUCUCCUCACGGCAGCCAAGCCUUAGGUCUCUUGCUGUAUCUACUCUGCAUCAUCUAAUUGAAAAGGAUCCGCUUGCGAUGAUUGAUGAGAAUAUUGAAGAAAAUUUGUUCAGCAUGCUUGAUGAGGAAACUGACUCUGAGAUUGGUAGCUUGGUUCGUGCAACAAUUACUCGGUUACUUUAUGCAUCAUGCCCUUUAUGUCCAUCACGUUGGUUGGCCAUAUUUCAUAACUUGGUUCUUGCAACGUCAACAAGAAGCAAUUCUGCUGAGAACAAUGUUAGUUCAGUGAAUGAAAACUCAAAUGGUGCAUCGGAACGUGGUGCAAAUUUAUAUUAUGGAGAUGAUGAUGAAGACAUGAUUGCUGGUUCAAAAGGAGAACGGAUACAAGGUUCUGUUUCUGCUUCCAGUGUUGAUACUAAAAGAGAAAAACAUCUCAGAUACCGAACCAGAGUUUUUGCUGCAGAGUGUUUGAGCUGUCUACCAACUGCUGUUGGAAACGACCCUGCACAUUUUGAUGUUUCUUUGGCAAGGAGUCAGCGAGCUAAGGGGCGUGGUUCCUCGGGUGAUUGGCUAGUGCUGCACUUACAAGAGCUUGUCUCACUCUCUUAUCAGAUAAGCACUGGGCAGUUUGAAGGCAUGCAGCCCAUUGGCGUGAGACUUCUAAGCAUCAUAAUGGACAAGUUUGGCAGAACUUCAGAUCCAGAACUUCCUGGGCAUCUCUUGUUAGAACAGUAUCAGGCUCAACUUGUUUCUGCUGUUCGAUCUUCCAUAAGCACCUCAUCUGGUCCUCUUCUCUUGGAGGCUGGGCUGCAGUUGGCUACAAAGAUUUUGACAAGCAGCAUUGUUAGUGGGGAUCGGGUUGCUCUGAAUCGCAUGUUUUCUUUGAUUUCACGCCCACUUAAUGACAUUAAAGACUUGUAUUACCCAUCUUUUGCUGAAUGGGUUGCAUGCAAGAUAAAAGUGAGGCUUUUGGCUGCCCAUGCAUCCAUUAAGUGUUAUGUGUAUCAGUUCCUGAGGGAACAGAAAGGUAUUCCAGAUGAGUAUCUGCAGUUGAUACCUUUAUUUUCUACUAGCUCGAACAUCUUGGGAGAGUACUGGAUCAGCAUUCUCAAGGACUAUAGCUAUAUGUGCUUUGGCUUGCAUCCAAAAUUUAGUUACAAACCAUUCCUGGAUGGAAUUCAAUCGCUGCUGGUUUCAUCCAAGGUGCAGGAAUGUCUACAUGAAGCAUGGCCACUAAUUUUGCAAGCAACUGCUCUGGAUGCAAUUCCCAUGAAGUUUGAAUUGGACAAAUCUUCGAAACAUGAUGAAGAUUCACCCAGAACUCCAUUUAUAUCUGGCCACAGCAUGGUCAGAUUGAAACUCAGUGAAUUUCAGUUUCUUUGGGGGCUUUCGCUGCUUGUUCUCUUUCAGGGACAGCAACUUGUAUCAGGUAACCAAGGAAAAAUGCUGCUUGUUCAUGAUGAGAAGAAGCACAGUGGAGAUUCAAUGCCUCAAGGGGUGCAUUACCUGUCAUCAUUUGAGAUUGCCUUGCUAGUAUUUCAGUCUCUUUCAAAAGAAGUAUUUUUCAGCCAGGAAUUUCUGUCAUUGGACCUCUGCAAAGAACUUCUUCAGGUUCUUAUAUCUGUUGAUUACACCAGUGCUUCAUGCAAUGGCCUUGUCAUAUAUCUACUAUCACAGAUUGUGAAGUUCUGUCCUGAUAAUUAUUUUCAUAUGGAUGACUUCACUACUGCAGCCACAGAACUAUAUUUCAAAUGUCUUAUGGUAACAUUUCAAAGUGACAAUGCAAUUUUGCAAGAUCACUCUCAUAGCAACGAGUUGCUUUCUGAGUUAUGCAAUGCAGCUGAGAUGAUAGUAUAUCGGUUAAACCAUAAGAACCGUUGGAAUUUGAUAAUGGCACUUAUAUCGAUCUCUCGUCAGUGGUUUAGAUUAGCUUCAACCAAUUUACUCUUGUCAAAAGCUAUCUCAUUUCUUCAGAAGUUAGUGCCCUUUAUGAAGAGAUGUUUCACAGAUGAAGCUGAACUUCAUAUUGAUGAUUAUGACCAUCUAAUGACAGUCCUGGGAGCUUGGGCUAACAUGCUUACAUUUUUGUCUCAAGACUGCAUUAAGAGGAUCUGCAUUAUGGAAAGCAAGAUGGGUGAUUCGAGCAAACUUUUUGCAAAAAUACUUGUUUUUUGUUUGGAAGAAGUUGUAGCUCUUGCCAGACUAGUUCAUCAAAGUCAUCAUCUGCAAGAAUACAAAGCAAACAAUCACAUGCUCCUAUUUUCUAUAUUCAAACAUUGCACAAAGUGUGUCCGGGAUACGUUUUAUGUCACAAAUAUACAGAUUCAGACAUUAGGCCUUCAUGUGGUGAAAAGCAUUGCUCAAAAAGAACUUGCUGAAGGUUCACAAGUGAACAGUCAUUCCUUUUUGCUACUCUUCAUUGGAGAGCUCUUUCGAGAUGUUUUUCUUCUAAUCCAACAUACGUUAAAGGAACACAAAAGUAGGGAAUCUGUGGCUAUCACUGAUGAAUGUUUAAGGCUGCUCUUCCUCUUCCGUACACUUGCACAAGGUAGUGAAUGUCAGAAGGCAGUGAUGAUGUUGCUUUUGGAAGCCUUAUUUAUGGUUUUCUCUCUGUCUAAUGAAAGCCUUUCACAGGAAACUAGUGAGGUCAACACUGUUGCAAGGAGUAUGGUUUCUCAUCUUGUUCAGAUUCCUUCAGCUGUAAUUCAAAUCAAAGAUGCAAUAUUAUCAAUGCCAGUCACACGAAGACAGCAAAUUCAGGAUAUGAUCCGAGCUUCAGUCACUCAGUAUCACAUGGGAACACAGGUCAAGUUGAAUGUGCAACCAGAGUCAGAUGCUAGAGAAGCUCAUCAGGUGCAGGCUUCAGAUUUCAUAGUUGCACCUGCUGACAAGCAUGAUGUGAAAGAAGAGGAUGAUGAUGAUGAUGAUGAUUGGGAUGCUUUCCAAUCUUUGCCAGCUAACAAUGUAUCUGCUUCUCUAAGUGAUUCACAUGUUGACUGGAGAGAGCAUGAGGCUGCUUCAGUUGAUGAUUCUUCGCCUGCGGAGAGUGAUCAUAGUGAGAAUCGUUGCCAUCACCAUGACCUCUCACAUCAAAAUGUCUUCGAAGAGGUUACUCACGAACAGAGUCCAGCAACUGGUACAGGCGAGGAAGUGACAACCCUUGUCAGAAACGAACUGGUGGAAUCCUCAGAUACCCAAUAUUCUGAAAAUGAGGAAAUCAUUGAAGAUUCUGGUGAUAUAAAAGUUCAGGAGUUGUCUAAACAGUCAACUAAUGAUGGUGGAGACAAAGUGAUGGGGAAUGAUGUGGAUGAUUCCAUUGGAUCCGCUAUUCAGCUCAUGGAGGAUGAUGAUCUGAUCAAGGAGCAACAUUAUGGUGUUCCUGGUGGAGUUGCAAUAAGAAGUGAUGGUAAUGAAGAUGGCUCCCAGGGGUAUUCUGAUGGUGUGCUUUCUUCUCCCAGAGAUAAUAAACAGGAGAAUGAAGACCAGCAUCUGCACCAUGAAGUUGGUAGUGAAUCAAGAACUGUACGUAAUGAAGAUAGCACCCAGGAGCAUUCUGUUGAUGGGCUUUCUGCUCCAAAGGAUAAUGAAAAAGAAGAUGAGGAUGGGCAUCUGCACUAUCAGGUUGGAGGUGAAAUAAGAAGCAUAGUUGAAGAAGGCUCAGACAAGCAUUUGGAUGAUGUGUUUUCCAAAGAUAAUGAAAGGGAGUGUGAUGGGCAGCAGCAUCUGCACCAUGAGAGAGGUGGUGAAUCAGGAAGUAUAGUUGAUGAAGACGGGACCCAACAGCAUGGUGUUAAUGUGAUCGCUGCUACCGAGAAUAAUGAACAGGAGUGUGAGGCACGGCAUGUGUUCCAUCAGGGUGGAGGCGAAUUAAGCAGCAGCGGUGAAAUCUGCUAUGGUCAUUCAGAUGAUGUGCCUUCUGCUCCCAACAACAACGAAAACGAAACUGGUGGCCAGCAUCUCUACCAUGAGGAUGACAGUGAAUCGAGUAUGGGUCCCCAAGAGCAAUCCAGAUAAUGUGCUUGCUGCUCGGCUAAAAGGAGCCUUCUAGUGAUUCACCAAGAUCUCCUGAGGAUUUUGUUUUGUACAGGCUGGCAGCUGGCAUCCAGAUUCUGUGACAAGGAGCCACAAAAAAGCAGCUAGAUGAUUGUGAAUUCUCAGAAAUCUACAGAUUUUUUACAAUAGCUGCCUUGCUGAAUGUGUAUGAGCAGUUUUGACAAUCAUCAAGGUGACCCAGGUGCAAAAUUUUUUCAUUAUGAUCUAGUCUAUAUUGGAUAUGUAUUCGGUAAUAGGAAUUCUACUUGGGAUUUUAUUAUUAUUAUUAUUAUUAUUAUUAUUAAGUAGCUGAGUUUGUGCAUUAAUUAAAAGCCACUGUAUGUAAACUAGUUCUAUGCUUUUUCAAAAUUCUGACAUUUUACCUCAGCGAUCAUAUAUAGUAGUCUGUACGUGUCCGACAUUGGCAUUUUUACUACUUUGUGAUGCAAUUUAGCAGUUUUGUUUCGGUUCUG